GUUUAAUUUUAGAGCAAAAAAAGAAGAAAAUGGAAGAUGAUGUUAUAGUAAUAGUGCCCAAGAAAGCACCGAAAUCAGCUACAAUAUAUAAAUGCCCAAAAUGCAGCUAUCAAACCAAUCGCGCCUACAAUGUUCAACGACAUUUGGUCAACCACUACGAGAAACCUCCAAUGGAGCUGCAGCACAUUUGUCCAUAUGCUGGCUGCUCCUUCACAUCAUUGCGUUGGGAUAAUCUCAUACGACACAGACAAGGAAUACAUCGUGAAUCGAUCAAUACAACUACAAAGACAAAAAAAAAGAAAGAGACUAAAAUGUCAUGUCAAGAGGAGCCCACGCUCAGCGACGAUGGAAAUCUAUCAACUGCACGAAGUAUUGAAUCUCCAGUGAAUGAAGAAGAAGAGGAAGAGGAGUUUGCUUCUGUGGACGAUGACCAAGCAUCACUGCCAUAUGAUGAGAAUGACGAGUCAAUGGAAGAGUAUCCAGAGCCAAUAAGUGAAGCACAGUCAAAGAAAGAAACCAAAAUCAACAAACAAAAUAUUGUUAAGCCGAAAAAAACCUAUCAGAAGGGAAAAACUAAAACGUAUGAAUGCAACAGUUGCAGCUAUCGUACGAAUCGUUGUUAUAAUAUUAAGCGACAUAUUGUCAGGCACAUGGAGAAUCCUGGUGCAGGUGUCGAGCUGCAUGUGUGUAUUAUUGCUGGUUGCAAGUUUGUAACGCCUCGCUGGGAUAACCUAUGCAGACAUGUGAAGAGAAUACAUCCUGAAACUGUUAACAAAGAACGAAAUGAAAAAUAAAAAUAAUUUUUUAUUACAAAA